AUGGACGGUUCUGAUCCUGCAUAUCCACCGGCGUGUCCUGAAUCUUUGGUGGCCCUACGUUCAGGGAGGGAGGGAAAAGAGCGAAAGAGAGAUAACUUCAGAAGAUGGGAAGCCUUUGUUUAUGUGAUUCUCGGAGGAGGAGUCGCUGCUGGCUACGCUGCUCUCGAGUUCGUUAAAAGAGGAGUUGCUCAGGGUGAGCUCUGCAUAAUUUCUGAAGAACCGGUUGCUCCUUACGAAAGACCCGCAUUAAGCAAAGGAUUUUUACUUCCAGAAGCCCCUGCGCGGCUUCCUGCCUUUCAUACUUGUGUUGGUGCAAAUGGAGAAAGGCUGACUCCAAAAUGGUAUAAGGAACAUGGUAUUGAAUUAGUUCUUGGAACACGAGUCAAGUCUGCUGAUUAACGCAAGACAUUAUUAACAGUAGCUGGAGAGACCAUAAGUUACAAGAUUCUCAUCAUUGCUACAGGUGCUCGGGCUUUAAAGCUUGAAGAAUUUGGAGUGAGUGGAUUAGAUGCUGAAAAUGUUUGCUAUUUACGGGACUUGGCUGAUGCUAAUAGGUUGGUUAAUGUCAUGCAAUCCUGCACUGGGGGAAGCGCUGUUGUCAUCGGCGGUGGGUACAUAGGCAUGGAGUGCGCUGCGUCUCUAGUGAUCAAUAAAAUAAACGUGACCAUGGUCUUCCCUGAAGCACAUUGCAUGGCUCGUUUGUUCACUCCAAAGAUUGCAAACUACUAUGAAGAUUAUUACAAAUCAAAAGGAGUAAACUUCAUUAAGGGAACUGUGUUGUCAUCGUUUGAUUUUGACUCAAAUGGGAAGGUUACAGCUGUUAAUCUAAGAGAUGGAAGCAAGCUAUCCACAGACAUGGUUGUGGUGGGAAUUGGAAUACGCCCAAAUACAGGUCUGUUUGAAGGCCAACUUACUUUGGAAAAGGGCGGAAUCAAGGUAAAUGGAAGAUUGCAGUCAAGCAACAGUUCCAUCUAUGCAAUAGGAGAUGUUGCAACUUUUCCUGUCAAGCUAUUUGGGGAAACUCGUAGACUUGAGCACGUGGAUUCAGCACGAAAGUCUGCAAGACACGUGGUUGCUGCCAUUAUGGAACCAGAGAAGACAGUGGAAUUCGAUUACCUGCCUUUUUUCUACUCGAGUUUCUCGUUGUCUUGGCAAUUUUAUGGGGAUAAUGUUGGAGAUGUAGUCUAUUAUGGAGAUAUGUCAGGCAGUACAUUUGGAGCGUACUGGGUGAGCAAGGGUCAUCUUGUCGGGUCAUUCCUUGAAGGUGGAACCAAAGAAGAGUAUGAAGCCAUAGCCAAAGCCACCAAGCUAAAGCCUGAAAUUGAAGACUUGUCAGAGUUGGAGAGGCAGGGUUUGGAGUUUGCGGUGGCAGUUAGUCAGAAACCACCUGUAUCUUCUUUGCCCGUUGACGUUGAUGCGCCUUCUGGCCUGCUUCUGGAAAAACCACUGUACGCUUGGCAUGCUGCGGCUGGAGUUAUUUGCGCAUCAAUAGCUGCGUUUGCAUAUUUUUACGGAAGGAGGCGUCGAAGAUGGUGAGAUUCCUGACGCAAGAGGCUAAGUUUGUAAUAUUCGUAGACUUAGAAUAUAUAUAUGUACACAUAUAGGGUUACUUCAUUGUAUCUGAUCAACUUAAUCGACUGCAAUUCUUCAGCCAUAUUAUUUUUCUCACAUGGUCCUGGUACCAAAAGGAAAAUAUUUAUAUAUGCAUAUAUUAUAUAUUA